AUGGAGGAAGACGAGCAGCCUCUAGCGUCAUUAUCCCUUACUCACGUUCAUUAUAACCCUGACGAUCCUCUAUCUCUCGUAUCGGCAUGGCUUGCUCUCGUUCCUCAAGCAUUAUGCGUUGUCUACGUUACUCUCGUCUGGGCUUCGCGCGAGGUGGAGGUGGGUUUGAUGUUUGCCGGGCAGCUCGUCUGUGAGGCUCUCAACUUCGCCCUCAAGCGAAUCAUCAAGGAGGAGCGGCCAAAGCAGAUGUUUGGAAAGGGCUACGGUAUGCCAUCAUCCCACGCGCAGUUUGUCGCCUUCUUCGCCGUCUAUUUGACCCUAUUCCUCAUCUUUCGACACGCUCCAAACAGCGCAAACCAGAGCAUCUUGUUCCGCAUGGUUGCCUCUCUGGGGAUAACUCUUGGUGCUAGCGCAGUGGCCGUUAGCCGUAUAUACUUGACUUAUCAUACUGUCCGACAAGUCCUUGCCGGAUGUGCUGUAGGGGCAGUUUUUGCCCUGUUUUGGUUCACCUUCACCGGACUGUUGCGCAGUUAUGGCUGGAUUGACUGGGCUCUGGAGCACUCGAUAGUUCGGCUUCUGAGGAUACGGGACUUGGUGCAGGGGCUUCACAAACUGCGAGGGUACAAGUACACAUACGUCCUAGAUAUGACUAGGUGUUGUGUGUUUGACAAGAAUAACAGCGAGCUUCAGUGUUCAACGAGGCACCACGCCCAAUAG